GACAAGCAGCUGCCUUUCCACAAGGUCCCUCUUGAGGAGUUGCUCUGUGGGAGCAAGCUGUUCUGACCUUAGAGCGGCUCAUGCUUGCGGUGGUGGCACCAGCUGGCUCAUAGGAACUGUAUGGGAAGGCAGCUAGCCUUCUUCGACACAUUUUGCUUCAGCAGGGGUCUUAGCACAGCAGUUGGCUGGGCAGUGUCUGUGUCCGACGGUGUCCUCCUGAGGCUGAACCUGAAAGAAGGCAGUUGGCUGCUUUUUCUGCUUUGCACAGCCUUUGGAUCGAGCGAUGGAGACCUUGAGUGAGGCAGUGAACAUGUCUAUGGAAAAGGUGGAAGCAGAGACUCGAAAGCUGAAAAGCAGGGAGGAAAACACCUCCACUGUCACACUGUGGGCAGAGAUGGAGGAACCUGAAGCCCCUCACGUGGUACGUGUUGGAAAUCUUGGAGAGUUACAGACGGCGGCGUCUCCAGAGCGUGUCAAACAUGAACCAGAGGAAGGGUUGCAGGAACGCUGGGAAGCCCAAUGGCAGGAGUUCUUGAAGACCCUGCAGGCCCCCCACACGGGAUGGGGCAACACACCAUCACCAGAGGAGUCCAGUCCAUGGGAUGACGCCAAGGCUUUCCUGGCCUCCUUUGAGCAAGUUGCAUUGACGUGUCGGUGGCCUCGGGACAAGUGGGCGACUCUCCUCUUGCCGGCCCUCAGCGGAAAAGCCGAAGAGGCCUUUCGCAACCUUGGCCCCCAAGAAAGGGGAGACUACAGGAAGGUCAAGGCAGCCAUUUUGCACGGGGAAGCCCUCGCGAGGGAGAAGCAGCGCCAACACUUCCGGCAGUUGUGCUACCAGGAAAGAGAAGGGCCGAGGGGUGUCUACAGUCGGCUGAGGGCACUUUGCUGCCAGUGGCUGAGGACUGAGAGAUACUCGAAGGAGGAGAUCCUGGAGCUGCUCAUCCUGGAACAGUUCCUGAUUGUCCUGCCUCAAGAAAUGCAGAGUUGUGUCAGGGCACAGGGUCCAGAGACUUGUGCCCAGGCAGUGCUCCUGGCAGAAGGUUUCCUGGUAAAGGAGAAAGAGACCACCACAAAUAUGCCAGAACAGGUUCUAGCAUCUCAGCAGCCAUUGAAAGUGGCAACAGAUGUAGAUUCCUCUGAGGCGGGUCAUAUUUUGCAACCUGAUUCUUGGAAAAAGCAAAUCUGUAAGGUAGAGGAAGAUGAAGAAGAAAGCUCAUCGGGAGGAAAAAAGAUCCUUGACAAUAAGGAAGGCAGCUUUCAGCAAGAGUGUCUAGAACAGUUGGAAUCAAGGGAUAUAUUGCAUGGAAGAAGCAAGAUUGGACAGUGUUAUGAAGAAGGAAUUAGGUAUGGGAGUCAGCAGGGACUAGCAGAUGACCAAGUAGUUCAUCUACAUAAGAGGAUGGAUAAAGAGCUUCCUGGUGUUGUAAGUACAUUUGUUCUAACAGGAGUCAAAACACAUGAAGAAAUCCACCUCCCUGGGAAAAACUUCAGUUGGAGCACAGACCUUGGCGUCCCUGAAAGAUCCCGACGAGGAAGAAAAAUGUAUAAAUGCUCAGAGUGUGGGAAAGUUUUCCGUGAUAAAGGAGCUCUGAGGAAGCAUGAGAGAGUACAUACGGGAGAGAAACCGUACAAGUGCUCCAUGUGUGAGAAAAGCUUUGCUAACAGCUCCAACCUCACGGCACAUGAGAGAAUUCACAAAGUGGAGAAACCAUAUAAGUGCUCAGAAUGUGGUCGUCAUUUCAGCCACAGAGGAAUCCUUAUGAGACAUGAGAAAAUUCACACAAGGAGGAAACCCUUUAAGUGUGCGUGGUGUCCAAAAAGUUUCACGGAUAGCUCUAACCUUGCUGUCCACGAGAGAAUUCACACAGGGGAGAAACCAUUUCAGUGCUCUGAGUGUGGCAAGAGCUUCAACCAAAAGGGAAACCUUAUGAUACAUGAGAGGAUCCACACUGGCGAGAGACCAUUUAUGUGCUUGCAAUGUGGAAAAAGCUUCAGCCAGAAAGGAAACCUUGCCAAACAUGAAAAAAAUGCACACCGGAGAGAAAGGAUAUAA